GCAUCCGUAGGCAGUAGACAAUAAAACUAACACCACGCCCACACCUACCCAAUUAAGCUACAAUUAUUUAUACAAACAGUCCUUUCAACUUUUUUUUUUCUCUCUCUCUCUCAGACAGUUUUUCCUCCAAGCGUCCUUCUACUUCUCCGUUGUCUCAAAGCUUCUCAAAAUGGGCACCUCUCUUUUGGAAGCUCUCAACGUCCGUGUGGUCGGCUCCGGCGAGAAAAUCCUUGUUCUCGCCCAUGGAAUCGGCACUGACCAAUCAGCUUGGCAACGCAUUCUUCCAUUUUUCACUCAAAACUACAGUGUAAUCCUCUACGACCUCGUUUGCGCCGGCAGUGUCAAUCCGGGUUACUUCGAUUUUAGAAGAUAUACGACUCUCGACGCUUUCGUUGACGACUUACUUUACAUUCUUGACGCUCUUCGCGUCCAUCGCUGUGCCUACGUUGGUCACUCCGUCUCCGCUAUGAUUGGCCUUUUAGCUUCCAUUAAACGCCCUGAACUCUUCUCCAAACUCAUCCUCAUCGGCGCUUCUCCAAGGUUCUUGAAUGACGUAGAUUACCAUGGAGGAUUCGAGAGAGCUGAUAUAGAGAAUGUUUUCGCUGCAAUGGAAGCGAAUUACGAAGCUUGGGUCAACGGUUUUGCACCGUUGGCCGUGGGAGCAGAUGUGCCGGCUGCCGUUAGAGAAUUUAGCCGGACGCUUUUCAAUAUGAGACCUGAUAUAACAUUAUUUGUGUCAAGAACCGUUUUUAACAGCGAUCUAAGAGGGAUAUUAGGCUUAGUCAAAGCACCUUGUUGCAUAAUUCAGACAGCUAGGGAUGUGUCCGUACCAGCAUCGGUAGCCGAGUAUUUGAAGAGUCAUUUAGGUGGCCGGAGCACGGUGGAGAUAUUAAGAACGGAAGGUCAUUUACCACAUUUGAGUGCUCCAGGGCUAUUGGCCCAAGUUCUCCGUCGAGCCCUUUCUCGAUGAGAGAAGUACAAGUACUGUACUGUAUUUCAAUUUCAAGUGCGUUUGUUUGUUUGGCGAUUGGGCUAAGUCUAGAGUUGCUACAGUAUUGCUAUUAGGCGGGGUCCAAGCCAUAAAAAAAAAAAUUGUAAUGGGAGUGGUAGAUGGUGACAUCUGGCGAAUAAUUUGUGGUCGUUAGUAAUUUUGCAAAUCGGGAUUAUAUGUCAAAUGUAUAUCCGAUAUGAUAUUUUUCGAAAGGAUAAGAAUAGCCACGUGAUAAUCACGUGCUGACUAUACUGUUUAUUUC